UUUCAACUAUCGAGUUGACAUCCUUACAGUUGUACAUUGUGAAACGUAAUAACAUCACAUUUAGUUGGAAUACGUUAGGUUUUGCUUUUUUGGUCUCAAUAUGGUGAAUUCAUGUUGCGCCGUUGGCUGUCAUAACCGUGCAGGUGGUCGCAAAGAAGUAACGUUUCACCGGGAAGUGUGUUUCACUUUAACCUUCAUUCGGCCCCAGGCUUGAACUGGAAGCUUAGUGUGUCAGAGGACAAGAAAGCGGAACUUGAAGAACUAUGGUGGGCCAACUCAACAAUUUGCCCGUUACGGAAUGUCUUAAACUGUGUCACAGAGUAGUGGAUGGACUAUGUGGCAGAGAACCUCCUCGCAGAAUUGACUACACUGACACCUGGAGCCAAGAGGAGUGGUGGAAAAUUACAAACACUUUAGCAACAGCCUUCCAGUUGUCGGGAGGGAACAACAGCUCUGAUGAGGAGGUGUUUGUUUGCCUGUCAGAGUUGAGUAGCAGCCACUCAGAAGCUGUUCUCAAUGUGCUAAAAGCCAGACGGAAGGAGAUUUGCCAUGCUCUACUGGGCAGAACAAACAGAAUCUCCUCAGCUAUCCUGCAGGACUUUGACUGGCAGCUUAAGUUGGCGCUUUCUAGUGACAAGAGCUCAUCUUUUCAGACUCCUCUGUUAAGUCUUUGCCUGGAUAUAAGAGAGGAUGGCGCCCUAAAGCCUGUUACCCUGGAGAUGAACAGAGAGGAGCUGAACACACUCAUCAGUUCGUUAGAGGUUACUAACAAGGUGCUGCUACAGUUGAAAUAAUGGAUCAACUGUAAAACACUGACUGACCUCUUCCCACCUAGCAGAGUAAAGAGAUGUUGAAAGGUGAAGCUUGUGGUCAAAUGUCUAUCAUGUUGUGUGAGCCAUAGGUUGAAUGACAUACUCCCAUGUUUAAUAAACUGUUAACUUAC